CGCUGGGCGUGGGGCCUCUGUGGUGGUCCUGAUGUGCCCCAUGCCGCAUUGUCUGUAUCUACAGUCAACACAGAGAGCCGCGGCGUGGGGAUCAAGCAGAGUCAGCUCUCUGUGAGCUCCCACAUUGUGCAAGAGGAUGAAUUAUUGAAAGCUGUGAGAAGCAACGAACCAUUGCGUCUAACGUUCACUCUUCACUUGACCGAGAGUACAUCCGUCGAGUGGGAGACCGUAGCAUGGCGCCGCUGUCUAUACAUUCGCGUACCAAGCUGCCUUCUGCCCGAAGGAUCAAAAGAGGGCUUUGUCUCUCUCCUAGAAUACGCCGAGGAAACACUGCGCUGCACCAAUAUCAUUGUCUGCCUUCGCAAAGAUAGAUCGGACCGAGCAAUGCUGGUUCGUACCUUCAUGUUCUUGGGUUUCACGGUCCUGCCGCCAACUCAUGCCUUGGUACCGCCAGGCAGUGACGCUGGCAAUCUCUACAUGCUCUAUGCCAUCGAGUAAUCGGCAAGCGGUUCUGCCUCUCUCAAAUUUAACGCGCAGGUACUACCAUAUUAUCAGGUCUAAGGUAAAAAUUUGAAAAGAGGGACAAUUGGACAAUUCUGGGAAACGGCAUAUAUUUUUCUUUUAUAUUUUAAGUUUUAUUAUGUAUAUAUAAUUUGCGUUCUCUUAUUUGUUGCAAAUUGAGAGAGUCGUAAAUUUCGAAAAGAAUUUAUGAAACGAUUAUAUCAAGUGCAGAAAAACCUCGGCGUUAAAUUGAAGAGGCUUGAGAAAACAAAAAAAAAAUUAUAGUCGCGAAUACGUAGAACGCGUACAUAAAAGGCUUUCAAUGGGUAUAUCGAUUCAUUCUCUUGAACACAAUGUUAAUAACUCUUAUAAGAGCAUAUAAACUGCUGACAAAGCUUCCCACGUGAAAGAAUUUGACGGAAUCUGUAGUCGUAUUGAACAACUGAACACGGCGACCAACUGUCAAAUUUUAGAGAAAAUUUAUUAUCGAUAUAUCUCAAUGUUAAUUGUGGCAGAUUGGGUAUCACCGCGUUUUUCUCCGUAAUACAUGUAUAAGUACAUUUGCUUAUUUUUAAGUAUUAUCAAUAUGUAUAAUCUAGACAUUCUAGACUUUAAUAUCUGUUAUGUAAGUACCAGUAAAAUUUAAUAAGUUAUGAUCGUUUCUGUCAUCUAAAAACGACAUCAUUUGUAAACUUAAUUGACUGAUAUUCUUUACGAAAUGUGCAAUUAUCUUUCUAUUAUACUAGUUUUGUGAAUAAUUCAUGUUUCCGUUCAUGAAGUACAAAGAAAUUGCGUCAAACAUCAAGUAAAAAUAGAACAAAAUUUUCGUGUCCGAGUUUGAUUUUUCGUAGAAUCUGAACCUUUGUAAAAAGAUUUUUCCAACAAAAUGUAUUUUAAUAAAUUGAUUACUAAUUAACUGAAGACUGUGCUUGCUACAUCAGUAGCAGCACAGAUUUGCAAAUUUGACACUAUGUAUCAAAAACAUCAUGAUUAUUAUAACGCUGAUAAUCGGACACGAGGAAUAAAAACAUUUCGCACACAUAUUUUCCUCAAAGAAUUUAAAAUUGAAAGGUACUGAAUCAUUAUAAAUCUUAUUUAUCGUUAUGUAUAAGCACUAUAUCUUAUUUUUUUUUAUAGUACAUUCUUAGGUGAUAGUAUAUCUAAGUAAUAGUAUAUUUGGUAAUUCCCAAUCAGUUAACAUUGAAGAGAUCUUGCUAAUAAAUGCGUUCUUUAGUGUUGACUUGAUAACAGACAACGUGAAAAAAAUAUAAAAAUGCAAAAAAAAAAUGAAAAAUGUAUCAGAAAAAAAAAACAAAAAAAUGUUAAUAGCUUAUUAGGAAUAUAGAUAAAGAUAAGUACAGAGUGACGGACUAUUGUAUGUUAACUUCACGCAAAUAAUUAUCGAUUUGCCUCAAGUUUUUAAAUUGAACAAUUCCGUGCAUUUUAUCCCGUCAGUUAGUAUUAUAUAUUCGUACCUCUGACCAUACAUAUGAACACAUACACACGUCCGCACAUACACACACAUGACACACACAUACACAAAAGUGAAUAUGUAUGCUACGUUUCUUAUUCAUACAUGAAAACAUAUAAUUGCUAAAUAAACAUUUAAUAAAACUCA